CGAAAGCGUUUCGAAUAUUUGCUAUAUAUAGAAACUAUAGAAUAUACUCAUUACUAUUUCAAUUUCAAGAAUAUUUGAAAAAUUGCAAAGUUAUAAAAGAAAGAAAUUAAUUGAAAUUAUUUAAAAUCUAGAAAAUACAAGAAAAUAAGUUUCAAUAAUUUGAAUGCUGAGCAAGUGAUGUAACUGAGAUUCCCCAAGAGAAGAGAGAUCAAGUGAGAGAACGAAGAGAGAUUGAAGAAGCAGGAGAAGAAGCAACUGCGUCGCAGUUUGUUUACAAUUGGAAAAGAAAAAGAUGUCGAAAAAGUGCAGCGUGAGGAGCUUGAGCGACAGUUCUCUGGCGGAAUUAGCCAAUCUUCUGGUUUCCACAAUAAGCUAUGUGCAAUAUGCGCCCGAUAUCCAACUGGACAUUAAUAUUGUCAUGGUCGAAUUGAACGAAUAUCUGGCGCAAUUGGGUGCCACUUCGAAUAUUUAUCAGGAUCUACUCCGUGUCAUUCUCAGCUCGGACUAUCUGGAGGCCAAUAUGCGUUUCACCUGUCUCCAGAUGCUGCUUAACUGUGGUGUCCACUUCUUGGUCACAGAAGUGUUUCCGCCCAGUUAUUAUGAGAAGAUAUUGCAGGUGAUUGCAGCACAAGGUUCCGGAUUGCGUGUUCUCAAUCUCAAGGGAAUUUGGGUGAAGGAGGAUCACAUGCACUACAUGUACGAGAUUGUGCGUAGGUGCAAGCAGCUGGUUAAGCUCUAUGUGCCCUACAUUGCCAAUGAUCAACUGUUGGAGGAGAUUGCCGCCAAUUGUGCACAUCUGCAGGUCUUGGACAUUUCUGGAGAAACGGAUAUCACCGAGAUUGGCAUUGAUCUGCUGGCGAAAGGACUCUGCGCACAAUCACUCACUGUGGUGGAUGUGGGUAUGCCGGGUGAGGAGAACAUUUGCUACUCCGACAUUGCCUUGAUUCUUGAGCAUUGUCCACGUGUGGAGACUCUGUCCACCUACUCCUUUGUGGGCGCUGCUCUCAAAUUCAUUUACGACAACAUCGACUCGAACUUUAAGUGCCGACUGAAGUAUGUCCACGAAACAUCCACGGAUGAGCCCACAUUGCAGGUCAUCCUGCAGACAUGUCCUCACCUGGACACACUCUAUUUGGACUCACCCAAAUUAGGUUGCCUGCGUGCUCUGCAAGCUCGCACUCUUCGCAAGUUUAAGAUCUGUAAAUUUGUUGUCGCCGAACUGCUUUCGUUGUUGGAGCGUCCGAUGGGACGCAAUCUACGACACUUGACCAUGAUCAAAGGCACUGGCAAUCUAGAUCUGGGCAAACUGGCCCGGCUCUGCCCCUCACUCGUCGAUCUGGACUGUUAUGUGAUUGAGAGUCUGUCCUAUGUACAGUCCCAAGUGCGUUUCCAACAGCUGGAGGGACUCGAGAUUCUCAGUUGUGAUAUGCUGACCAGCUCCCUAAAGGCGUUCCUGUGCAAUACGACGGAUUUGAAACGUCUGGCAGUGGACUCUGUUGAUUUCACAGAUGAGGACAUUAUAAGCAUGUUUGUGCAGCACGAUUUUAAGGUGUUGGAGGAUAUUUGGUUUACGCUGGCGCCAGAGCUCACUGUACAGGCCGUGGAGCUGCUUAUGGACAGUUGCCCGGAGCUGCAGUCUGUGGGGCAAUUGACCGGCUGGUCGCUAUCGCCAGAUGAUUUAUCGCUUAUUCGUGGACUGCUUAAAAGUGGAAACUCUAGCCUUGUACUGACAUCAAAUGCGCCUACAAUAAACGAAAACUGGACUCAGCUGCUCAUGCAUUAAUCUGUUUUGUUUUUUUAUGUAAACCAAUAAAUUGCUUUGUGAUAUUUACGAAAUUAA